UGCCUUCCCCGAUUACGCUCCCUCGCUACUCGCUAGUCGCCACGCUCGCCAGGUUCUCGCGUUGCCCCCGCGUCUCUCUUCUCGUUGCGACGACUGGGCGAUCGCUGCCGCCCCGGCGCCCCCGCCGCCAGGUGCCAGGUUGUCGCCGGGCCCUUCGCCGGCGAUGAGCACCCAACAGGAGGUUACCGAGAACUACGCAAAUCCUAAGACAUGCUUCUUCCAUGUUCUCUUCAAGGCAUCGGCAUUGGCGUUCUACAUACUGUCCACACUGUUCGUGAACAACUUCGUCAUCAUCUUUGUCAUCACUGUGCUCCUCGCAGCACUUGACUUCUGGGUCGUGAAGAAUGUCAGCGGAAGGAUACUGGUUGGGCUGCGGUGGUGGAAUGAGAUUAACGAUGAGGGAGAGAGUGUCUGGAAGUUUGAGUGCCUUGAUGGAGAGUCCCUGGCUAGGAUGAAUAAGAAGGACUCAUGGCUGUUCUGGUGGACUCUAUAUCUGGCUGCGGCUGCAUGGAUUAUACUUGGGAUAUUCUCGCUCAUCAGACUUCAAGCUGAUUACCUUCUCGUUGUUGGAGUUUGCUUGAGCCUCAGCAUUGCAAAUAUUAUUGGGUUCACCAAAUGCAAUAAAGAUGCGAAGAAGAACAUCCAGGAUUGGACAAGGAGUGCACUUCUAUCAGGUAGUGUCAGAUCGCAUCUGCAGUCAGCAUUUGGUGUCUGAACAAUAACCUACGACCUUGUUAUACGUGUAGUGCUGUAUAAUUUACAGAUAACAUGAUUGGUUACUAGAGCGCGUCUGUUUUUUUUUUGUUGGCUAUGUGCAUCUUGCUAGGCAGAGUCGGAAGAACAUUUUCAGAGCCGUGUAUCAACUCGAUGUAUAAUGCAGCUUGAAUAAAAUCUUUCUUUAAC